UUUUUUCUUUUCUCUCUUCCUUACUGCUACGUUCGUUUGAAAGGCGGGAGAGAACCGAAAAGAAAAAGAAGUCCAUUGCUUUAUUUUGCCUUAAUUGAUCAGAAGCCACAAUCUUUUAAGAUUUAAUUUUCUCGUUUGAUCUCUGUUUCAAAUAGGUCUUGGAAAUUUUGUCAAAAAGGAAGAAUGGGGUAUAUAGGGGCACAUGGUAUAGCAGCUUUGCAUAGAUACAAAUACAGUGGUGUGGAUCACUCUUACCUUGCUAAAUAUGUAUUGCAACCCUUUUGGAACCGCUUUGUUAACUUCUUCCCUCUUUGGAUGCCACCAAACAUGGUAUGUAAUUAUUAAGUACUCUUAAAUUGUGAUUUUCAUUUUUCACUGUACAUGCAAGCUUGCAGGUAAAUAUACGUGUAACAGAGUGCAUAUUCAUGUAGGACCUACCUUAUUUUGUUACUAAUUUGUUUAUGCUUUUCUUCCUUAAGAUAACACUUACAGGAUUUAUGUUCUUGGUUUUGUCUGCACUGCUCGGUUAUGUGAGUGGGAAUCUCUCUCUCUCUCUCUCUCUCUCUCUCUCUCCUUAUUUUCUUCAAUGUUAUAUUUAUUUUUAUUUCUGUCGCAAGUUAAACACUUUUCUGCAAGUUUUGAUAUUAUACCGAUUUUCUGCAAAUUAUAUUUCAUUAAUCAUUUUGGGAAAACACUGACGUUAAUCUUUCGUUUCCAAUUCAUUUUUACCAAUGAACAUCUCAUGUUCAGAUCAAAGGAGAUGAGAAGUGUGUUCUAUAUUCUGUACUUUCUAACCAUUUCCUUACGUGUGGUUGGUUGAAUGUUACUUGAACAGAUUGAUAAACUGGAUUUCUUUACCAAAUAUGAUAGCUUUUGUAAUCAUGAUGUUUUUUUCAUUGACAUAUAAUGUAUUAGUUUAAAAAAAAAGAGCUGAAAGGCUAGGUGACUUUAAACAAUGAGAAAGGUAUUUACAUGACUUGAGUAUGUUGGUCUAACCUUGAAGAACCAGAAAUUCUGCAUUGUAAUUUGUAUGUAAAUGAUUUAAACGAUUGAAGGUAUAGGUGUCACUUGAGUAUGUUGAUUUAACCUGCAAGAACCAUAAAUUCUCUUUCUUUUUCUCAUGCAUUUGCAUUUUAUUAUAGAAUAAAUUUUGUUUCUUCAUAUGUCAGUUUCUGUAUUAGAUACACAAUUAAUGUUGCCUUGCUUGUCUGUUUAGUUUGUGUAGUUCUCAGGGAUAACCAUAAAGUUCAGGAAACAUUUUGGUUAUGUGUAUGAUUGUAUCUUCGAAGGCUCGGGAGAAUGGUUUAUUCCCCUCGCUUGGAUUCACCUCCACCAAGAUGGGUUCAUCUUGCACACGGGUUGCUUCUAUUUUUGUAUCAGACUUUUGAUGCUGUUGAUGGGAAACAAGCUAGACGAACAAACUCCUCAAGUCCACUUGGAGAACUUUUUGACCAUGGGUGUGAUGCACUUGCAUGUGCGUUCGAAACCAUGGCUUUUGGGAGCACUGCCAUGUGCGGAGGGGACAGUUUCUGGUUCUGGGUAAUUUCAUCUAUACCAUUUUAUGGAGCUACAUGGGAACACUAUUUCACCAAUGCACUUAUCCUUCCUGUUGUCAAUGGGCCGACUGAGGGUCUUGCGCUGAUAUAUGGAUUGCACUUUAUGACAGCAAUUGUUGGUGCCCAGUGGUGGGCUCAGCCAUUUCAGCAAUCGAUACCCUUCUUGAGUUGGAUACCUUAUGUUAAUGAACUUCCAACAUAUAAAGCUGCUGUGUAUUUGUUGACACCAAUUGCUAUUUUACCUACAGUGGCUUGCAAUAUAAGCAAUGUCCAUAAGGUCGUUAAGGCAAGAAAAGGAAGCAUGUUACUGGCAUUAGCAAUGCUUUAUCCUUUUGUUGUACUCAUGGGAGGAGUGCUCAUUUGGGAUCAUCUGUCGCCCUCUGAUGUUAUGGGAAAUUAUCCACAUUUAGUUAUACUGGGAACAGGACUUGCAUUUGGGUUCCUUGUGGGACGGAUGAUUUUGGCUCACCUGUGUGAUGAACCCAAGGGACUGAAAACUAACAUGUGCAUGUCACUCUUGUAUCUUCCAUUGGCAAUUGCAAAUGCUCUUACAGCAAGAUUAAAUGAUGGUGUUCCUUUAGUUGAUGAGUUUUUGGUUCUUCUUGGUUACUGUGUAUUUACAGGAUCCCUCUACUGUCACUUUUCCACAUCAGUUAUCCAUGAAAUCACGACAGCUUUGGGAAUUUAUUGCUUUAGGAUAACUCGGAAAGAAGCUUAAACAUCGAUGAUGCUUAUCUGGGGUGCGGAAUCGGAGCACUGGCAUAGUGAUUCAAUAUGUUAGCAAAUUCAUUGUGAUGUAUACAUUGAUGAUUGAUCUUUAUAUAAAUCUAGUUCCAGUUCCAAACCAUUGAUAUAAAUGAUUUAUUGAAAGAUUAGGGAAAUUUUGUUAUGUAAAACUCUUUUCAUCUAUGACUUGAAUGUAUGAAUACAAUUGAAGUUUUUGUAUCAUAUACUGCAAAGAAAAAAGAGGUGCAUGCUAGGGUGCUUGCAUUUGCGUAUAAUGUAGCACCUCGAUGGGAACCGUUGCCAAAAA